AUGCUCGCGCACAGCGACCCAGCUUCACACGAGCCACUCCUCAGGCCCGUCUCGAUCUCCCGACAAAGUGAGGACGUCCGGCGCAUCAAAAAGGGUACCAACCCCCAGCCGUCUCUUACCCUCCACUCCCGAACGCACCAUUCACAUCACUUCGGGCAAGUGUCGCGUAAACGCCGCAGCGUACAGACCAGCGUGCACGGCGGGGACCCGAAAUGUAACCGCCACCUCCUCGUUGAGGCGCAAUAUCCGCGCGGGAUGUGGGUCGAGCCUAUGCCAUUCGAGGUCCUCUGGGAUGAUGGAGGUUGUGCGUACGUCGGGGCCGCACAGCUCGAGAACGAUGCCACGCAGUUGGACGUGGAGCAUUCUUCACCGUCACCGUCGCUGCCGCCGCUUCCUGGGAGCGAUAGCGCGAUCUGGCUCAAGACAGCACGGACCGAGCAGGGGAGAUUUGUACACGACGGACGACGGUCGUACCCGGCGAGAUCGUCCACAAGAGAGAGCACUAAAUGCCGUAGCGCAGGCCCACUCGUAUGCAAGAGCCCACGCAACGUCGGCCAGACACUCAACUCGCGCAGCCGCACUUCAAGCGUGCAGAGGGAGGAGAAGUCGAGCGGCCCUUCGUCGGUUGUCCUCGCGGGCGGUCCGUCAUUUGUAACAAACGACACCCAGACCAAAUCCAUGUCAGAUCGGUCGGCGACGCCCCACGUUCCCACCUCCCAGUGCCAGGCCGCACGCGCUGGAGAGUACAUUCCGACGGGAGAGCGAUGCCAGUGGCAACGCGGCGCCCGGCGCUCUCCGUCCGAUCUGAGUCUCCCCCUGGCUCGACGUGCGGGUGUCGUGGUCGUGUCCCGCACCUGGGACCGCGAGGCCGAACGAACGUCCGGCGUGGAAGUGCACACCACCGUCGUGCCGCAUGUGCGUCUGAUACGCAGGACCCUCGAGCGCGGCGCUACCGUCGUCGCUCCCCCUUCUCCUGCGCGCUCCGACUCGACAUUCCCGCGGGCGCGUGCGCGGGGCUCGAUAGUCGGACUGGCGCGCAAGGUCCACCCCGCCAUUCCCUCGGUUUUCUCCCCGUUCGGUUUGGCAGAUGCAGCUGAGGGCGGGGACUCCACGCGCUCCGCUCUUCGCGGGCACGCUGUGGGCUGCGCACGUCAAGACUCCAGAUUCAACAUGCUCCAGCGCCCGGAGUGCGAGGCUCCGGUCGCAGACGACGCGAAGCCACGUUCCUGGUCGUUCUCCAGUCGCCGUCGCGGGCCGCAUGCGCUGGAGACUGCCCCGCAACUUGGACCGAGCGCAGGGCCGAAGGAGCGUUCGCACGUGGAAUACCCAUGCUCUCCUCGUCUGCACGCGGAGCCAUCGGAUCCGGACCGCCGUCCCUUCUCAUGCACCCUCCAACUGCGACAUUUCCGCGCGCGUCGAUAUUCGGACGCGCAAGGCGCGCCUUUGCGUCCUGCGCCGUCGUCCCGAGCGUUCAAACGUUCAACUUUCAAGGCGCGACAUCCCCCGAUGUGCGCGGCGGCGCACGCCCUGUCGUCCCCGAAGAGCGAACGCUGCAAAGACUCGACUUAUCGACUCGGCGGUGGCUAG